UUGAGAGUCCGUGAAAACCACAAGAGGGAGAUCUUUCAUACGGAGUUUUCUUUCCUUCACGCCAAGCAUGACCCCGUUUAAAGGCAGCCCUGGAGGUCAACGGGUCCAAACUCUAAGGUGUCCCUCAAGAUGGAUGUCAAAAAAAAGAACUUUUUUGAUAACUUCAAAAAUAAGUUCCCCAAGAAAAAGCCACAGAAGAAGUUGCUUGCCAAGCAGGGGAGGAAUCUGGCCCAUCGGCGCAGCCUUUCUGUUCCAGACUUAUCAUGUAUACCAAGUGAAGCAUGUUCCGCUGACAGUACUGAUGGUAACUACUUUGGCAUCUCUCCUGGCCUGAGUGAUUCUGAUUCAGUUGCAAGUUCCUCAUUGGGUGAGGGACCACUUGUCGCCGAUAAACUGAGUGAUUCAUUCCCAGAAACUACAUUCAGAGCUCCUCAUGUUUCUAAUCCAGCUGCAGCUUCUCAUAGAAUGAGCGCACCAGUGGAGGUACUUUAUGAGGAAGUUAAAGACACGACAAAUUUAAGCCGUGAGAAGAAAGUGAACUUCGUUCAUGAAGGCCUGUAUGCACAAGUGGAUAAAAGAGCUAGGAGGAAUGCGCAACAAUUUAUUUUUGAACCUACUCCUGCACCAAGACAUGUUUUCAACAGUGCACAAGCUCCUUCAUCAAGAACAGACCUGGUGGACAGAGCAAGUCUCUCUGGAGAGAGAGCAAGUCUCUCUGGCGAAGACCCCCCAACAGACAGAGUGAUUUCAGAGAGUGUUGCUGCAGCACUGGCCAGAGCAAACUCGAUGGGAGAGCAAACAAAUCCUUACGAAGAGAAAAAGACCACAUCUUUUGAGCAGAAAAGGCCAUCGGCUGAAAAAGGGUCUUUGGCAGCCAUCAGAGAAUAUACCUCUGUGGAUAGGAUGUCUCUGUCAUUAGAUACUCAGGGUCCUUUGGAGAAUGCAGAUGGCACUUCGUUGGCAUCAACAUGUGACUCCCCCAGUGAUGAGCAAGUCAACGUGUUCUGGACCACAGACUCCGAAGAAGUGGAGCGAGAACCCUUCACUCCCUUGAUAAUGAGAGAGCUCUCAGUGGACGAGGAGCACUUAGACGAAAGUGCGGAGAUGUCUUGUGAUUUGUUCGGGCCCCUUGAAGAAAAUAGCCAAGACGCUUUCGAAAGCCCCGAGCUUUUAGCAGGGGGUGAGAUCCAUGGACCCGCCCCAUUCCAGAGGUACCUCUUGAACAUCAACCUCAAGCAAGGAAGGAAUCUGGUCAUCAGAGACAAGCGUUCUGGUUCCAGUGAUCCUUAUGUGAAGUUCAAACUUGAAGGAAAGCAGUUCUACAAAAGCAAAGUGGUGUACAAAAACUUGAAUCCCCACUGGAACGAGUCCUUCUCCUAUCCUCUCCGAGACAAAGAUCAUGUUGUGGAAGUUCGAGUCUAUGAUAAAAACCGGACCUCUGAUGACUUCAUGGGGUCCAGCGCGAUUUCUGUGAAACAUCUUGACUUGUACAAAACCUAUGAAAUGGAGUUGCGUCUCGAUGAUCCAAAAAGUAAAGAAGACGACAUGGGAGUAAUUUUAGUUGAUGUCUGCUUAAUGUUUAGAGACGCCACCAUCAAAAAAGGCCCUAGAUGGCCUCAAAAGAAGAACAAGCAGAACCAGGCCACACCAUCGCCGCGCCAUGACCAACCCAAGAACCAGCUGAAGAACCAGAUGUGGAGCGGGGUGCUGAGAGUCACCUUGGUGGAGGGACAGAACAUGCCGCAGUACGGCCAGGGUGACGUCUACGUCCGCUUUCGCCUCGGCGAUCAGAAGUACAAGAGCAAGAACCUUUGCAUUCAGGCGAAUCCCCAGUGGAGAGAGCAGUUUGACUUCAAUCAUUUUGAAGAUAACCAGGAACCACUGCAGGUGGAGGUGUGCUCAAAGAGAGGGAGGAAGUGUGAAGAAUCAUGGGGCAUGUUUGAUGUUGACGUAUCGAGGCUUCCGCUUAAUGAAAAGCAGUACUACACGAAUGUGCUGAAUCCAGGAAAAGGCAAUCUGAUGUUUCUGGCCACCCUGAGACCCAGCUGGGGAAUCUCCGUCUCUGACAUUGAAUCUGCUACCUUGUCAAAACCUGAUGAGAGAGACACAGUGGUGGAGAGAUUUAACUUAAAGAAUUCUCACAAGUGUGUGGAAGAAGUUGGCUUCCUUCAGGUCAACGUUAUAAGGGCAAAUGAUCUUUCCUCAACAGACCUCAAUGGAAAAAGCAACCCCUUUUGUGUCGUUGAGCUCGGGAACUGCAAACUUCAUACCCACACAAUCUGCAAGACCCUAAAUCCAGAGUGGAACAAAGCCGUUACAUUCCCAAUUAAGGACAUUCAUGAUGUGAUAGAGUUGACUGUCCUUGAUGAAAAUGGAGACAAAACAAACUUUCUGGGGAAGGUGGCCAUUCCUUUACUGACUGUUCAGAAUGGCCAGCAGGUGUGUCUGCACUUGAAGAAGGAAGACUUGGGAAAUACAUCUAAAGGAACCAUCACACUGGUGAUGGAGGUCAUCUAUAAUAAAAUCAGAGCUGGUAUCAAAACAUUCCAGCCCAAAGAGGCAAAAUUGUCAGAGGAAAGCGUGAAGUUCUCCAAAAAGGUUCUUGCAGAGAAUAUAUAUCGGGUUCGAAAAAUCAGCACAGCAGUUCUGUACACGUUACAGUACAUUAAAAGCUGUGUUCAGUGGGAGAGCACGCAACGGAGUCUAAUAGCCUUUCUGAUCUUCCUUGUGACAGUGUGGAACUGGGAGCUCUUCAUGCUGCCCCUCUUCCUGCUCCUUCUCAUCGGCUGGAACUACUUCCAGCUCACGAAGGGAAAGGCCAGCUCCAACCAGGACCUGGUGAACAUGACCAUGGGUGAUGACGAAGAGGAAGACGAGAAGGAAGCCGCAAAAAAGGGUCUGAUGGAUAAGAUACAUAUGGUGCAGGAAGUAGUACUGGUUGUCCAGACCGCUUUGGAGGAACUCGCAAACAUUGGAGAGAGAGUCAAGAACAUAUUCAAUUGGUCUGUCCCGUUCUUGUCGUGCUUGGCCGGCUUGGUGCUGUUUGUGGCUGCAACGCUACUAUAUUUCAUCCCUCUGCGAUACAUUGUGCUGAUAUGGGGCGUUAACGUAUUUACCAAGAAGCUGCGCAACCCAUAUGCUAUUGACAAUAAUGAAAUACUGGAUUUCCUCAAGAGGGUGCCUUCUGAUGUUCAAAAGGUGCAGUACAGUGUGCGGAGAGCGCCCACCAGCCAGAACCAGCCUCGGAAGAAAAAGUAAGCUCCUCGGAACGCGCCGCGUGAACGGCUCGCCUCUUUUUAAAUGUGGUACGAUGCAGUCCACCUGACAACAAUGCUCCAGUGCCAGCGGAGCCCGUGACCCCGCGCAACCCCCCCACCACACCACCCUAACUCUGCCCCCUGCUGCUGAGGGGGCAGCCGGCCACUCUCCGGCUUGUGUGUUUGCCACCCCCCUGACAGGGGCUGUGAACUGCAGCGGCUAGGAGGGCAGCACAUGGCGCUGUCAAUCACGAGCUUGGAGGUAAAGAAAAGAGAACACUGCGAGGCUCAGCCUUCAUCUUUGGAUGUGAUUUAGAAAAGGAAUGAAAAAGGGUCGGGUGUAGCUUACCUAAGACGUCCGCUGUUUUAUUUAGGUUUUAUACUUUGGUGAAAUUGAGAAAUUUGCCUCAAGGUAAAGAUAACACAAGCUUAACAAUCCACUACGAUGUUUUUGCUUUAUAAGUACAUUGAUAUAAUUAAAGAUCAAAAGGUCAUUUGUAUUUUUAAAUAAUCAAGGAGAAAUAAUAUAUUUUUGUUGCACAUUUGAAAUAUUAGAAGAGUACUGAAUUUUACUAUUUUUGCAUUAAGGAUUUUGUGUAUAUAUAAUGUUGUCAGCUUUCUGAAUUUGAUCUCGGCAACAAAUAUAUAUUUAUGUCAUGUUUUUAUAUUAUUUUCAGCCGCCUUUUAUUAAUUACACGUUCACUGUAGAGAUUAGCGUGAAAAUUCUAUUUCUUUUUUUGUAUCAUCAAAUUGAGAGUUAGCAAGAAUCAUAAAUAAAGAACCUUGAUCAGUUUGA